CAUAGGAUAGUAAAGAUUUAUUUUGAAUUGAGCACAAUUGAAUGGCUCUCGCUUCCCCUAGUCCCUUUGAAUCCUUGUCGGCGAAUCCACCCCUCCCUUCUCUGCCACAACCGCUAGACAUAUCUGGCUCCGCCUCAACGCAACCUGUUCAAUCCUUUAAGGAUACUUUGUUGGAUGAAAGUGCCUCCUUUGAACCCAUCAUCGUCACAUAUGAAGAAUUGGUGGCUACAAAUCUUAAUUUAGAAAGCCUAACCCCUAUGGCAAAAGAUGGAACCAAUCCUCCCAAAACAAAGAUUCCUAAAGUCAAAAUUCCUAAGUCCAUUUGGCAUCGACUUUGUGCCCCUUGGAAAAAUGUUGUUAUCAUCAAACUCCUCAGGAAGUCUGUUAAUUUUCAUGAUUACUCUCAGGUUUUAACUAGAGGGUCAUACAAAAUGUUUGAUCACUAUCUAGCUGUCCAACCAUGGGAUCUGGGUUUUCAUCCGGCCAGAGCCAAAGCCCCCAAAACAGCUGUAUGGGUUAAACUACAUGGAGUUCCAAUUGUCUGUUAUCAUGAGGCUAUCUGUCUCUACUUGGGUGGUAAAAUUGGUAAACUGAUCAAAGUUGAUCCCACUACCCUCCUUACAACUAGAGGGAAAUUUGCAAGAGUUUGCAUUGAAGUGGAUCUCAGUCAGCAAUUUCCAUCAUCUGUGGACCUAGAUUUAGAGGAUUUGCCUCAAUCUCUUAUUCUAGUGGAAGUUGAAGGUUUACACAAAAUUUGUUUCUACUGUGGCGAAUUUGGCCACAUAGAGGAUUCUUGUCGUUUCAAGAACCCUAAUAAAUCUUCUCCUCCUGUUAGUAACCCCAACUCAAAGGCCAUGAUUGAGUUAACACCAAAUUUAAAACCAAAUUCGGAGGAAAACACAAUGGUUUUUGGACCAUGGAUGGUACAGCAACGAAAAGCCAAACGGAGGCAAUUGCCUUGCCUUCCAGUGGAGCGGCCAGCUGAUGAAUCUCUCAUUCCUCUAAAAUCCCAAGAUUCCCAAUUGGCAAGAGUUUCGUGUCAAAUUAAGGAUCCCAUGGGCCCUUCCAUGCCAAUGGACAUUAUCACGCCAAACCCACCUCCGGCUCCGUCAACAAGCUUUGUGAAGCCCAAACCCAAGAAGUGAAAGACUACUAUUGGGGGCCCAGUCUUCAAAGAUACUAAAGCCCUUGCACCUAAGCCUUAUGAGCUCCCAUCGGCCCUUAAUAAACAAAAGGAAGCUUCACAGGCACAACUCUCAAUUCAGAUCAGUGAACCUCCGAACACCAUGAUUGUUGAAUAAAGCAUUGUUCCGCCA